UUUGUUCAGCUUUUGUUGCACAGACGAAUUUGUUGAUGUUGGCAUUAUGUGGUAUUAAAAUUAGGAUAGGUGAUGAUUGCUCCAGAGAACGUAUCAUUGCCUCAUCCGCGUACUUCUUUAGGGUCUAGUGACGAACAAUUGAAUUUUCCCACAAUGCAGCUCGCCUGAAAUUUUCAAGAUGGCGACUUCGAAGACGGCGAAUACUUACAAUCGGCAGAAUUGGGAGGACGCGGAAUUUCCCAUUUUGUGUCAGACCUGUUUAGGUGAUAAUCCAUAUCUAAGAAUGAUGAAAGAAAAAUACGGAAGAGAAUGCAAGAUUUGUGCUCGACCAUUCACAAUCUUCCGUUGGUGCCCAGGUGCCAGAAUGAGGUUUAAAAAAACCGAAGUUUGCCAAACAUGUGCUAAGAUGAAAAAUAUUUGUCAAACGUGUUUACUGGAUCUUGAAUAUGGUCUACCAGUUCAAGUCCGAGACCAUGCUUUGGGGAUGAAAGACGAGAUGCCAAAAUCUGACGUUAACAAGGAAUACUACACCCAGAAUGCAGAACGAGAGUUAGCCAACACAGAUUCCACCAAUCCAGGAGGAGCAUUGGGGAAAGCAAAUGCGCCUAAUGACUUGCUGCUAAAGCUAGCAAGAACUGCACCAUACUACAAGAGGAACCGACCUCACAUUUGUUCAUUCUGGGUGAAAGGGGAGUGCAAGAGAGGAGAAGAAUGUCCCUACAGACAUGAGAUGCCAACGGAUCCAAACGACCCACUAGCGGACCAGAACAUCAAAGAUCGUUUUUAUGGUGUAAAUGACCCAGUGGCGAGCAAACUGCUUGACAGAGCAUCAAAACUACCAAGAUUAGAACCACCUCCUGAUAAAGCUAUUACUACCCUUUAUGUUGGAGGUCUAGAUGGCAAAGUCCUUGAACAGGAUUUGAGAGAUCAUUUCUAUCAGUUUGGUGAAAUCCGUUCCAUCACGAUGGUUCCAAAACAACAAUGUGCCUUUGUGUGUUUCACAAACCGUUACUCGGCUGAAACAGCAGCAGAAAUGUCAUUCAAUAAGUUAAUCCUCAAGGGUCGCAGAUUGAAAAUCCUGUGGGGGAAAUCACAAGGGGCAAAGGCUGCACCUGGAAAGGAAGGAGGGGCAAUGUUAGCUCCAGUGCCUGGAUUACCUGAAGCUCUUCCACCACCACCACCAGCUUCAAAACCAGAUGAAAACAAUUUCUUUAAUUUACCCUCAGCGUCACACCCUCCUAUAUCAGGAAUUCCCUUACCCCCUCCUCCCAUGAGUGGACCUCCAAGACCUCUCAUGGGUGGACCUCCUAUGCAUGGUCAGCCUCCCCCUGGCCUAAUGCCACCAAGGUUACCACCUCCUCCUGGACAACGGGGACAGUAUCCUCCUGAACAAAGAGGACCCUACCCUCCACCCCACAGAUUUAUGCCACCACCACCAUUCCUAAGAGGACCACCCACAAAUAUGCCACCACCAAAUGUCCCACCUCCCCAGAUGUCGCAUGGCCCAGCACCAAACAGGGGAAUGGCUCCUAUACAUUAUCCCUCUCAAGAUCCACAUCGUAUGGGUACCGGUGGUAAAGAUCCUGCACAAGCCCCUCCUCCUACAACUGUGGCCCCAACAACCUAAGUGCUUUCCCCAAAGACGCACAAGUGCAUCUUUCAUGCUCCCUUCCUAAACCCUGGGUUAUUGAAUUGUGCGAUGUAAAUCAUUCAAUUUAUAAUGGAUUUGUUUAUUACAAUAUUUGAUAUGCGAAAAUCAAUUAUUACCAUCAAAGAUUGUCUCUUAUUGGGUGGUCCUCUUGUUGAAAACCAUAAGCUGGGUACGUCCGGGAUAGUUCCUAUCAAUUUUAACUCCCAAGAUGCAUGCUUUAAUUAGAACUUCACACAACUGCAUCAUGACAUGAAACUAUUGUAUUCUUAUAUAUACACCAACAACACAAUUUUACA